AUGGCGACGCUUCAAAAUUUCCUGCGGUGUCGGGCGGUGCCCAGAACCCUCUCGACGCGAUGCUUCUCGUCGACAAGACGCGUCUUUGCGCCAGAUGAAUCCGCCCCUAAGCCUCCACAACCACCAAAGCCAAUUGAUGACUCGACAUCAGCAUUGGACUACAAGCAGUCGCAGAGAACAAGGCCACCUCCUCUGCCUGCUAUGGACCUACCGAGGUCGAGAACUGCGGAGGAGGCGGUGACCAACAUCCUGUACAACACUCCUCCGCCCAGUUUACAACCCUUCAAAAAGCACAUCUUGAAUUGUCUUGUGCAAAACGAACCUGGUGUCCUGUCUCGUGUCUCUGGAAUCCUUGCAGGGAGAGGCUUCAACAUUGAUUCCUUGGUCGUCUGCCGGACCGAGAUUCGCGACCUCAGUCGAAUGUGCAUCGUGUUAAGUGGACAAGAUGGUGUCGUUGAACAAGCCCGGAGACAGCUUGAGGACCUGGUUCCCGUAUGGGCAGUCUUGGAUUAUACUGAGACGCGUACUAUAAGUCGCGAGCUGUUGCUCGUCAAAGUGUCAACCUUAGGACAAGAGUACCUUGAUGCUCAGCUCCUCGGUGGCCCCACACAUGCCCCAGUCCAAAUGUCCCCUUCUCAUCCUCAUCCGUCAAAACUGGAAAAGGAGGCAGAGUUGGCUCACCACUUCGAAGCGUCUGGUCACCCUGAGCCACCAUUACAGCAACCCCUCACCCCGUCCGAAGCCCUCCGCCGCAGAUACCAGCAUCUGCAGUCAAUAACCACCCUCGCUGAGCAAUUCAGCGCCAAAAUCGUUGAUGUCAGUGAACACAGCGUCAUCGUAGAACUGACUGCGAAGACAACCAGAGUGGAGGCCUUCUUGAGCUUAUUGAAACCCUUUGGUAUCCUCGAGGCUGCUCGGACUGGAAUGAUGGCCAUGCCUCGCACACCUAUCACCCAGUCUCCCGAGGAUGACGAGUUCUCUGACGCGACUGGCGGAUCUGUAGACGCAAGUCAACUCCCUCCUGGUUAA